GCGGGUUGUUGGUUCACGGCGUUGCUGGUUUGUCUGGUGGUGGCUAGUGUGCGGGCUGCUGUUUAAGAUGCCGUCGGUCCUGUCUGGUGAUGGUUUUAGAUCUCGACUUGGGUUAGGUGUUUGCCUUCAUUAGUGUGGUAUGGCGAGUACAUUUGACCUCAACUGCGCUUUUUGGUAGAUCGUAACAUCUUACUUCUCCAGCCGUUCGUGGAUAUCUUGUCUGUGCUUUUGUUAUGCCUGAAUCUGCUGUCGCGGCUGGUCUUGUUGUGGGAGCUGUCCUGGGUGCUGGGUUGCUUUGCUUGGGUACUUAUCUUGUCCAUCGGUAUAUGAACCUGCAGUCUCGACAAAUCGACCUCCGGGCUCAGCACAAUGCCGUCAGCGUCAAUCACUACCAAGAUGUCGAAUCUAUAGGAAGGAGUUGGGAGACGAGACACCAACCAGCUAAUAGGAAACGGCGGCCAUCACGGCGUGAGGGUGACGAGACUCAGAAUGUUGCGAGAUUGAGAGGUGGACACGGACAUAGGGAUCUAGAGAACGACUUGAGUUGGGCAGACGAGCGACAGUUGCAACCCAACAUCCAGCAGCCAGCACUUGCAUAUGCACAUCCUGUUGUUGACCCUCUGGCGUUUGGAUGGGAACGACACAAAGUUUCAUAUCACCAGGGAUGCCAUACUCCUGCAGUUUUCCAGCAAGCGGUCCCCGGCACCUACUACGCAUACGUGUUGCCAAGGACACACGUGGCGAGGACAAACGUGCAGCCUUCGAUUGGCCAGUCGGGUGCAUUUGAUGAGUUGUGCCCAUCACGCAGGAAGCGUACUCACAACAGUGAACGCUGCUCAGCCCCGGUCCAGGCAGUACCUGCAAAAGUUCAUCUUAAGGCACAGCCCGUGGUCUACGAGACCGACUGCUUCGAAGUCGUUGACGAGUACCCCUCCUUCAUCGAAAAAGCAAGGAGGCAAAAACUCCAAACGAAGAAUGUGCAGAAGAACAAACGCAUCGCAGAAAGAAGCGAACGAUCAUCCAGUACCGAUUUGGGAACCUGUUCGAGCAGCGAAGCUUCAACAUCUACCGAAGAUGUACACCGAGAUAGCAUUCCCAGUGGAGCACCGAACUGCGGGUCACACACCCCACACGACUAUCCCCUGUCGGCGGAGUGCUCGACACGCAGCUCAUACGCAGAUCGAUGGCGACACGUACGUCCGAAGACCGCAGCGAGGCGAAAGGAAAGAGAGGCGAAGGGAUGACGGCGCCGCGCGGUCGAAGGCGAGACGGGAGCCUAGUGCUGGAGUUCGACAACAAUCUCUUCAACGGCCCGCGUGCGAGGAGGUGAAAUCGGCAGAAACGUCUUUUCGG